AUGGAUAAAUCAACCACCAACUCAUUGUUGGACUUGGGCAUUAAUAUGACCGGGUCAAUCAACACCACCACCACCAAUCACCAUGGCGUCAACAAUGACUUAUUUUCAAACAUGAGAAUGUCACAGCUACUUGAUUUGAACGGGUUUGUAAAUGCAUUUGAUAGUGUUUCGCCUGCAACUGCCACCUUUCAAUCAUUUCAAAGCCAUCUUCUCAGACAAUCUCAAAAUUUAGAUCAGCAACAACAACAACAACAACUGCAACAACCAAUCAACUCUGAUCAACUUCAAUUACAACAAAUUCAACAACAAAUACAACAAUUACAACAAUUACAACAAACAUUAAGUGGUUCAAAUGUUAACAAUGGUAGUGGUAAUAAUAAUAAUGGUAAUAAUAUGACAUUUAAUCAAUUUCAACAACAACAACAACAACAACAACAACCUAUAUUACCUACGAUUCAAAAUGUAUUUAAACAACAACCACAACAACAACCACAACAACAACAACUACAACAACAGAAUAUACAACAAAAUAUGCAACAGAAUCUUCAACAAAAUCUAAAUAUUCAACAUGUAUCAACUUCUUCUUCUUCUACUUCUACUACUUCAACUUCUUCAACUUCACCAAACUUGUCAUCAUUAACCAAUUCUAUAUCAAAUUUAUUUGAAGGAAUUGAUUUACAAUCAGAGUUGAAGGAGGUAUAUUCAUCACUUCAAACCCUUUCACAAGAAUCACUUCAACAUUUAUUCUUUUUAUCGAGAGCUCUUCAGCCACAAGUGACCGAGGAUCUUAGAUUUUCAUUGAUCAACAAGAUGUUUGCCGAUGUACCCAAGAUUAUCGAACAACUCUCAUUGUCCAACAUCCAAGCCUAUGCGGCCGACACUUCCAACCACGCCUUUAAACUGUUUCUCGACUUUAAGGAGCUCGCCAACCUCUUGGGUCGCGUCUCUUAUAUUCAACUUUUCCAAAUGACCAACAACCUCGUAUCACCAGGCACACCUCAAUCACAAUUCUCUCAACUACAACGCAUCCAAGAAUACUUUAUGCGAUGUUCACCCGAUCAAUUACGCCUUUUAAAUCAAGCUGUCGAUAGCUCUUCUUCUUCCUCUUCCUCGCCGACAAGUAUGAUGGGGAAUCAACGCCUUUUACAAAUAGAUCCUACCAUCUCUAUCGAUAUCAUGCAAUUUAUCUCUGGUAUUGUAUCAUUGCCUGUCAAUGAAUUGAUAACGUUUCAACAAUGGUUUGUUGUACUCUCAAAGAAAAUGUUGGCCGUUUUAUUGGCAAUGCUUCAAUUGGAAGCAUCUACAGUUUAUGAUCUUAAACGUAUACUUGCUUCAAGUCAUUUACCAAUUUUACCUCAAAUCAAUAAUAAUCAAAAUAACAAUCAAAAUAACAAUCAAAAUAAUUCUGUAUAUCAACAACAAAAUCAACUUUCACUUCAACAAUUACAAAAUAAUCAACAAAAUAAUAUUAAUAAUCCAACUAUAUCAAUAUCGAGUAAUAAUGAACAACAAAUAACUUCAUCUCUUAGACAAUCAUCAACACCACCAAAUCUAAUGUCAUCGGAAUUUGCGCUUUCUUUACCUCCACUUUUCCCACUAAACUUGUCAAAUUCAAUUGGAAAUAUUGAAUAUCAUCAUCAACAGAAUCAAAAUCAAUUAACCCUUUCACCUAGUAACCUUACUAAAUCACCUGUAAAGAAUGAACCACCACCUCAAUCACCUCAACCACCUUCAUUAGUUUUAAAUACUUCUGCUUCCUCUAUUUUAGCUAGUUCGAGUACUACUGAUGAUUGUCCAUUUUAUUUAAAGAUUGCAAGACAACCACCAAGUUCAACAGUUUAUCAAAGAAUUUUAAAACCAUUCCCAUCGGUCAUGUUGUGUGGACCAGGAGUGGAAAAUGCAAACUUGUCAAACUUUUUUGUAGAGGCAUCAUUGUUGCGUCAUGACAAUCAAACUGAAAUCCCAACCUAUUUGGAUGGUAACAAGAUAUCCAGAAUUUCCAAUGGUACAUUUGCCCCGUUUAAAAAAUUAAAGAUCCUUUCAACAACCAUUCAACUGCGAACCCUUUUUAGAAUUAAAUUUGUAUUAAAACGUUAUGUUGGCAAUGAUUUCCAAACCAUUUCCAAAGCUUCUGUUUUAUCUGAUCCAAUAGAAGUUUUCUCUCAUACUAUUUAUCUUUCUGAUAAACAAGAUGUACCAUUACCACCAACAGUGACAGAAGUAAUUCCAAGUCAAGGCGCACCAAAUACAAGAAUGGUAGUUUUGGGUAAUAAUUUUGUAAAGAGUGAUAAUUUAAGUGUAAUGUUUGGACCUUCCUCGACAGGUGGACAAUUUUAUGAAAAGGGAACUAUUAUUUGUAAUGCACCAGAACGCGAUGCAUCUGUCAAAAGUGGGUCUCCUGUACAUGUAAAUGUUGCAAAUGAUGGUGAAAAUUAUUCAACCGAUUCUGUCAGUUUUACCUAUACAAGAUAA